AUGGAGCAAGAACUCUUGUCGCUCCUGGCAAAUACCCAGUCAUCUGUAUCCCAGACGCGAAAUGCCGCCGAGAGUCAACUUCAACAGCUCUAUCCGAACGAAACCUUCCCCAUCUCCUUGACAGCUAUCGCUUCCCAUGAGUCUGUCCCGGUCAAUCUGCGUCAGUCCGCCAUUUCGGUCCUGCGUAAUUUCAUCAGCGAAGCAUGGUCCCCAAACCUGGACGAGUUCAAGGGUCAAAUCCUUGUAAACGACGCGAACAAGGCACAAAUUCGCCGCGCACUGGUCGAGCUUGCCACUACAACGGAAACACCAGAACGCAGAGUCAAAGCCUCCGCUAGUUAUGCCGUCAGCAAGAUUGCCAGUGCUGACUUCCCCGAUGAUUGGCCCGAACUGUUACCCUCGCUGUUGCAGAUCAUUAAUGACGCUUCCACCAGCGAUAUUGCAUUGCACGGCGCGUUGAAGGUAUUGCUGGAUCUCGUCGAUACUGGGUUUAGUGAUGAGCAAUUUUUUAAUGUCGCCCGCGAUCUCGUCUCUUCACUCUUCGCUGUGGCUACUUCCCAGUCACGGCGCCCGAUCUUGCGGGCACUCUCAGUUGCAGUCUUCCGGUCCUGCUUCGACACAUUGGAGAUGGUGAUGGAACAACACAAGGCGGCUAUCAAGCAGUUUGUGGAUGAGGUGCUGAGUGGAUGGUCGCCGUACUUCGUCGAGACCUUGAAGGCUCCCUUGCCCCAGCCCCCCACCGAGGAGGAAUACAACAAGUCGGGCGAGGUUGCAUCUCAAUGGCGUGGCGUCGUUGCCUUGAAAAUGCAGGUUGUCAAGACGCUUAUGAAGAUUCGCAUGGUCUUCCCUGGCCUCAUGACAGCCCUGAGCCCAGAAUUUUUUUCGGUUAUCUGGACUGAACUCAAUAACGCGCUCCCCAUCUUUUCGAAUUUCUUCGUUGAGAACGAACGCCAAAAUCGCCUGGAAGAUGCGGACGGGCUUCCUUACUCGCUUGAUCUCCUCGUCCUGGAAGAGCUGGACAUCAUCCAGACCCUUUUGAAGGCUCCCCCAGUGAAAGCAGAACUGCAACAACAACUUCAAAAUGCCGGCGCCGCUGCUACUUCGACUGGCUGGUUGCCUGAGAUCAUGAAACUUGCCUGCUCCUAUGCGCAGAUUACCGCCGAAGCAGAACUUCUGUGGGAAAUUGAUGUAAAUCUGUAUUUGUCCGAGGAGACUUCGGUCACUGCCAACUACACUCCCCGCACAUGUAGUGGUGACCUGGUCAUCAAGACUGGCGAGUGGCUAAAAGCCAAGGCAGCUGAGAGCCUUCUGGGCUAUAUGAAUACUCUGUUUGCCGACAAUACUGCCUCAUGGAAGCUCCGUGAGGCAGCUCUUUACAUUCUUAACGUCUUACUGCGGGACUUCGCCGAAGCAAACCAGGACUUCUCCAUGGAACUCACAAAUCAGUUCCACCAGUAUUCACACUAUGCAAUUCAGCAACAGGAUGAUCUUUUGCGUGCACGUGGCUAUCUUGUUGCCGGAUCCCUUACCAGUAUUGCAGGUGAAGGAUUCCAGGGACCCGCGACCUCGUAUUUGGAGGCGGCGCUGAAAGCUAUCGCCGACGACCCUUCAGAGCUCGUUCAAGUAUCUUGCAUCCGCGUUCUUCAGGAUAUUCUGCCAUCGCUACCCAAGGGUGUAUCGCAGCCCCUCCAAUCAACUGUCAUUGCCACCGUCUCAGAGUAUGUGUCUGCGCAUGAUUUGCGUGAGCAGGUUGAGGCCGACGACCUCAAGAUCACCCUGGCAGAGACACUCCGAGACACAAUCAUGAUAGAUACGACCGUGGUCCUGAAUUCAGUUGCCCUUGAUGUUCUCUUUAAUAUCGCCAGCAGCGGCGCAGAUAACUUCCAGCUGAUCAUGACAAUUACUGAAGCCUUUGAAGAUAUUGUGGAGGAGAUCACCGAGCAUGGGCCUGAAGCUUUCUUGCGCCUUUGUGAGAAGGUGCUUCCAUCCCUGAUGGGUGCUAUCGAUAUUGGGAAUAUUACGGAAGAAAACUCGCUGACUUGCUUUGCGGUCGACAUGAUCCGGGCUUUGGCUGAUCGCAGUCUCGAGCCAAUGCCUCCCGGAUUUGUGCAGACCAUUUUCCCCAAGCUAAACCGUCUGCUCCUCGACUCGACUGAAGCCGAACUGAUUCGGCCUGCCACGGAAGCUGUGCGACACAUGCUAGCCCACGACUUUACGCAGUUUGUGGAAUGGCGGGACCCGCUAUCGGGCAAAGAUGCCAUUGAAGUUGUCCUUGUCAUCAUUGACCGACUACUCGGGCCUGCUGUUGAUGACGAUGCUGCAACUGAAGUCGGCCAGCUGGCAGCAGAGCUUGUGGAGAAAGCUGGGCCUGAGCGCCUAGGUCCUUAUCUGCCCCAGCUUCUCCAGGCCGUGGCCCAACGACUCGCGACCGCCCAGCGGGCAGCCUUUAUUCAAAGCCUGAUUAUUGUAUUUGCGCGACUCACACUUAUCAGCGCGCGCGAAGUCGUUGACUUCCUUGCUCAGAUAAACCUCGGCGGCCAGAGUGGCCUGGUGGUGGUGCUGAGCAAAUGGCUCGAGAAUUCGGUCAACUUUGCCGGUUACGACGAAAUCAAACAGAAUAUCUUCGCACUGGCGCAGCUGUUCGAGUUGUCGGACCCACGACUCAACGAGGUUCCGGUCAAGGGCGACCUCAUCAUCCAGGAUACCGGUCGUAUCAAGACGCGGUCGCAGGCCCGUAAGAAUCCCGACCAAUUCACAACAGUCUCUGCACCAUUGAAGAUCGUCAAGGUGUUGGUGGAAGAACUGUCUGCAGCUUCGGGUAACAAGGAGAUCGAUGCAGCAAUUGCAGCUGGACUCGAUGCCGAUGAUGAUGAUGAUGAAGAUGAUGACUGGGAGGAUCUGCCUGGAUCAGUUCUCGAUCUCGGACUCGGCAUGACAAAACAGGCAUUGAUGAACUACGGAGAGGGAGGACAGGAGGGAGUGUUUGGAGUGCGAAAGCGAGAUGAUGAUACCCAAGCCUUCCUCGUUGACUUCUUCCGUCGUGCUUCUACUCAACCUGGAUUCCAGGAAGUGUAUGGAGCAUUGACAGCGGAUGAACAAGCCAAGCUCCAAACACUUGGCUAG